CAGAGGCAGCCGGGCACAGAGGCCGGGACAGCCGGGCACAGAGGCAGGCAGAGCCGGGCACAGGGGCAGGCAGAGCCGGGCACAGGGGCCGGGACAGCCGGGGCGGGCGGGGGCCGUGCGGGGCCGGCACAUUCCGGGCAGGCGCAGUGAGCGCACAGCGCUCGGGCCCAUGGAGGCGGCGGGGCCGCAGCCCGCGCCGGGCCCCGCGGCGGGGCCGCAGCCGGGGGCCGAGGAGAUCGACCUGUCCCUGGAUGACAUCAUAAAGCGCCAGAGGAAGGAGCAGACAGACGCCAGCGCCGCGGGCAGCAGCAGAAGGCAGCAGGUCAAGAACAGGAGUUCAGCUUUCCGUGCCUGGAAGCAGAGGAAUUUGCAAGGACCUAACCGUUUCAGAAGAGGGUUUGGACAGCCGCAGGUCAAUCGGAGACAGUUCAGGAAUCCUGGCCUCAAGAGAAGAGCGGCUGGUGCAUUUGAUGGAGUGAGCCCUUUGAACCGCCAGGCGUCGGCUCAGGAGGGCAACAAGAAGUGGAAUGGUUUUGCCAAAAGCAGCAAUGGGCAGCAGGAGGGACAGCCACAACCAUCCCCAGGCCCCAGGAGAUUCAGAGCAGAUGGUGCCAGCACCCCCGGCCCCAGGAGAAGGCCUUUCCUGCGGGACAGGGGACCAGCGUUCCAGCAGAAGCAGGUGCCACAGUGGUUCUCCAAAGCCCCCUUCCAGAGAGGGCAGAUGGAUUCUCGAGGAGAAGGGAAACGAGGAGAAGGGAAACGGCCAAGGAUGAGAAGGUGGCAAGUGAAACCCACCCCUGGAGCAAUUCUGACGGUUUCUGUGUUAAAUCCCCAGGCGGGCCAGACCAGCUCGUCUGGAUCCAAGCGCCCAUUCCUGCAAAGCCAGAGACCCCCGGCGAGGAUGGCCAAGCCCCAGCCCAAGGGGGUGCUGCUGAGAUUCAACUUCCGCGCCAUGGCCAACCAGACCAGCCUGACGCUGGAUGAGAGGUUCUCUGGUCUGAGGAAUAAGAGGCGCUUUGCAGCGGCCAGGAGCGCCGGACGGAUGGUCACCAUGCCUUAGGACUGCGUGCUCGUCACAGCCACUGCCUGUGACAGUCCAGGCUCCGUGACUGGGGCUCAAUAAAAGUCGCUAGAUUCCCUUUGAGAUAGCUGAUUUGGCAAUGUGCUGUCUCCUUCCUUCCACACGGAGUGAAUGAGUGAUUGAGGGCAGGGAUGAGGCAGGGUGAGAGUUUGGGCCAGAGCACAGGACACGGGCAGGGUGGUGGAGGGGGAUGAGCAGAGAUGGAUUUGCUGGGAGAGCUCUGCUGGGAAGCUGUAGGGCUGGCAGCAGCCCUGUCCCCUGCCAGGGCACCCUGUGCUGACCAGGGGGACAGCUGAGAGUGGGAGGGUGCACCACAGAGCCUUCCCUGCAUUGUCCCGUGGGUGGGACAGGGUUUGAGGAUGCUGUGCCUGCCCACAUGGGAGACAGAGGGAAGCUGAGAUGCUCCAGCUGCCCUCAAUCCCCAGCAUCCACCUAAGUGCCCAACUUGUGCUUGCAGGCAUCCCUGCCCAGAGGUUUGCAGUGUCAGACCCCUCCACCCUGAAAACCUGAAAACCUGAAAACCUGUUGCUUUGCCCUGACAGUCAGGCCUGAGCACGUUGCAUUUCUCUGUGCAUUGCUGUGCUGUUCUGAGUGCUGCUGCGGGGACAGGGUGGGACGUGCCAUGCUGGAGUCACUGUCCUCAGCAUGGAGCACGGACAGGCUGCCCCAGCCCAGAUCACAUUUUCCAGUGCUGAGUUGUUCUGCGUUAGGGUUUUUGUAGUUGCAGCUCCACCCAUGCUCAAAGCAGCAGCACAAUCAAACCAGCAGCAGCACUCUGAUAAACACUGGCUGAGGUGUUAAUGAGCUGGGGUUAGACAUUUGUUAAUGAAGCCCUGCAUCAGCCCUGAGUAACUGCUGCAUUCUCCAUCCACUGCUGGAACCCAGCACUGAACAUGCUGGACACAGCCUGUUACUGGGCUCUGAGGUAUACUUAUAACAGGAAAUAUUUUGAUAGACUGCUUUACAUUUUACACCUAGCAUCUUCAACAAGAGACUGGACUUGGCAUUGGUUUUAUAGGAAUGUGUGAAAUGUUGUUAGUUGAUGAAGCAGUGAUGUAUGAGUCCAGUGCACUGAAUAAAAAACUUAACUUGUCGAA